AUGCUAGAGAUUCUUAAUAUCACCAGCUCGAAUCAGACCAGGGGCUGGUUGGACCGGAUCAUCAGUUUUUUAUAUGUAAGUUUAGGUCCUUCUCGGCGACAAGAACCACGCGCCCCACCCCUUCCGCGGGCCUCCGGGCCGCCCCCGACCUACCAGGUGUUCAAGGAGGAGCACGAGGUGGACGUGCUGGGGGCGCCCCCCACCCCCGGCCCGGCGCCCACCGUGAUCAGCAUCCGCAGCGAGGUCUCCGUGCCUGACCACGUGGUCUGGUCCCUCUUCAACACGGUGUACCUGAACAUCUUCUGCCAGGGCUUUGUGGCGUUCGCCUACUCGGUGAAGUCCAGGGACUGGAAGAUGGCAGGCGACGUGAUUGGGGCCCAGAGCUACGCAUCCACCGCCAAGUGCCUGAAUCUCUGUGCCCUGGUCUUCUGCCUCCUCAUCUUCGUGGGAAUAAUCAUUGCCACGGUCAUCACAGUCAGCAGGUCCGGGGUUGCCAUACCCUCCUCUGGGCUACUGAGACCCUUCCCUGUGGCCAGGCUUUUGGUUUGGGGUCCCCAGCCACCCCCACAUCUGGCCCAUUCUCAGUGA